GCCCCCGGUUGCCUUGGGAACCGCACGCCCAGCCGUAAGAGGUGCAGAAACCAGGCCAUGGAGCUCCCGGAGCCGGUCCGCCAGCGGCUGGGAAACUUCAGUCGGACCAUGUUCAGGGAUUCCAACCGGACCGAGCCCGAGUACAGCGAAGGUCCGGAUAAUGAAGUGGUUUCCAGUUUAGCAUUGCAGAUGUCACUUUAUUUUAAUGCUUACUUUUUCCCACUUUGGUGGGUGAGCAGCAUUAUGAUGCUUCGAAUAAAAUAUCCAAUUUUGCCUGAUUACUACAAAUUCAUCGUGGUCACUGUUAUCAUCCUCAUAACCUUAAUUGAAGCUAUCAGGCUGUAUCUGGGCUACAUGGGUAACCUCCAGGAAAAGGUUCCUGAAUUAGCUGGCUUUUGGCUUUUGAGCCUUCUAUUGCAGUUGCCUUUAAUUCUUUUCUUGCUCUUUAAUGAAGGCCUAACAAGUCUGCCCUUGGAAAAAGCGAUACACAUUGUCUUCACUAUGUUCCUUACUUUCCAAGUUGUUUCAGCAUUUCUAACCUUGAGGAAAAUGGUAAAUCAGUUGGCAACUCGUUUCCACCUCCAAGACUUUGACCGGCUCUCUGCGAAUAGAGGAGGCAUGAGAACAAUGAGAUCCUGUUUAGAAGAGAUUUGACCCAGUGCUGUGUAGUGAAAAUCUGAAAGCUCAUUCUAGAAGACUGGGAGUUAGGAAAACAUCAGAGAUGUAGCAUGAGAAAAAGGACCACGCGAGUGUUUGGAAUUGUAUACUCUUCAAGGUCGGAAAGUCCAAGUGAUAACCGGGAACGGUGAGCCGAGGUGUGAGCCGAGGUGUUUUCCCGGGGUCGUGUCUUUCGACGCCCAAGAAUGAGCUCUGCGGGCCAGAAGAUUAGCAAAAGUGUGGAAAAUUUAUUACAAGCAGAUUCAGACUCCCCGCAAGGGGAGGGGGAACCAAUAGUGGGCUGCCCGUUAAAGCCUUGUAGUCCAGGGGUAUAUAUUUGCUACAAGCCUGCUCUACGUCUACCUGUGUCGUCACCUGAUUGAUUCCCUCAGUAGUUUGUGCCCAGCAAUGGGCCUGAACUUUCCCCCUCUCUGUGUUCUUUCUCUGUUCCUAUGCUGAAUUUUUUCUGUUUCUAUGUGUUCGUACACCUUGUGACUGCGCCCUCCCUUGUUUUCCCAUGCCUCCCGCUUUGAGUCCAGAAACAUUUUAUUAUUUCUGCUUGGUUGGUUCCUGUGGUUAGGCUGCUCACACUGCCAAGUCUGCCCCUGCCUGUGUUCCACCUGCCUUUGUUUCCCCUGGACCCCUGCCCUAUCUGCCUGUUUCAAGUUAACCCUCUCACAAGGUUGGGGCAGUAACAGACUCUACAGUAUGAAAGCAGUAAGUCAUCCCUGAAUCCUAGAUGAUGUCCACCUGAUGCCAAAUAUCUUAAUUUUUUUGUUGUUGUUGGCUUUCUCAGGUGUGUAGACUUCAGUGUUGGUGGUCACAGUUUACCAGCUUUACUGUAAUAUUUCUAGUUAGUAUCUUUAACAUUUCUAGUUAGAAAUGUGUAUAUUUCUUUUAAACUUGUUUUUUUUAAUCUUUAUUGUUGAGAGUAUUACAGAUGUCCCCCUUUUUGUCCCCCAUUGCCUCCCUACACCCAGUUCCCGCCCCGCCCCUGGCCUUCACCACCCUAUUAUCUGUGUACAUAGGGAAUGUAUAUAUGCAUAUAAAGUCUUUGGUUAAUCUCCUCCCACCCACCCCCUUCCCUCUGAGAUGCCUCAGCUAUCCAUAUCUUGGCAGUUCAUCUGGAGCAUGUGGAAAUCCUUAUCAAUAUUCUGGCGUGUUAGACUAUAUUUGUAAACCAAGACACAUUUUCAUGUCUGCUAGGGUUAAAUUAUAACCUAAUCUCAGCUGCUGUCAUGAGGUUAAGAAGAAAACAAGUGGAUUAUCAUGGUAUUUAGGAAAUAUUUUUAUAAUAAAAUUGUAACUUUCAUAAAACCAUGUUCAGUAUUUCUGGUGGUGGUGGUGGUAG